UUGGAGUUUAAAUGCUUAUGCAGCUUCAUGUUAAGGAAGUUUUUAUUACUCCCAGUUAACAUAUAUUUUACGAACUGGUGGUUAUCUGUUUCAUCAAGUAAACGUUUAGUAAUUCGACCGUCUUUGGCUUUAAAAUCAUUUGCAAACAUGAGUUCUAUGGCACAAAAUUUGAGUGAUACAAAAUCACCUAACGUACUUAUUUAUACAUCAUAUGAUGUAUUCGAAUUGUUCAAGAAGGUAAAAAAUAAGCUUCAAUUAUGUCUGCAUGUGGAUAAGUAUAUUACUUACCAGCUGACCGAAGCGCAAGUAUUUAAUACGCCUUGGAAAGAAAAUACUACUUUGUUAGUUGUGUGUUGCGAAAAUAUAUCAAACGAGUUAGCGAAAUGUUUUACGGAUUAUGUUGAAAAUGGAGGAAAACUAAUAAUCUCUUGCGCACGCUUUGAUUCAAAUUUAGCUGGUGUUGUAUGUGAAAAAAAGCUGAUGGAAGGCUCGAUUGAAAUUAAAUAUAAGCAUAGUAUGAAAAUAGGUGCGUACCAUUCAUUAUGUCGCUAUAGUGUUUCAAAGCAGGAAGUACUUGCAAUCGCCAUGCAUAAUAAUGCUCCAGUUAUAUUCAGAUCAAAUUUUGGGAAAGGAGUAGCCAUAUUUUCUGAGGUGUAUUUAGGUAAUGAGCCGUUGAAUCUGCUUUUUCCUUAUGCUGUUUCAAGAAAGAAGAAUGAUGAAAAUUAUUUGUUUAUAUUGAAGGAUAUAUUAACCAAAGAAUUAGGUUUAGAAGAAAAUUCUUCAAAUGUAAUGCAGCCAACUUCUGGGUAUAUAGUUUGUCAAAAUGAGCCAUGCUUAAAGAAGGUUAUAGAUUCUUUAAAAGUUAAAGAUAUAACUAUUAAAAUGUCUGAUCUGAAGACAGAUGAAACUGAUAGUGCACAUUCAGAUUCCCUCAAAUUACUGCUUCAGUCUGAUGAUGGAUCAGAAGAGUCUCUUUUAUUUGACAAAAUUCUAUAUUUUUCCCAUUUGAAUACGAAAAUAUUCGGUCGGGUUGUUGUUUUCUUUCCCGUGAUUACCACAACUAUGAUCGCCAGUGAGUAUUUUUCAGACUAUGAAGGUUUAACUGUUAUAGCUAGACGUCAGAUAGGAGGACGAGGUCGCAGUGACAAUAAAUGGAUCAGUCCUGAAGGAUGUGCAAUGUUUACGCUGCAUUUUUCAUUAUCUCUAUCUUCUAAACUUGGGCAGAAAUUGUCUAUAUUGCAGCAUCUUUCAUCUUUAGCCAUUGUCCACGGCAUAAAAAAAAUACCAGGUUUUGGGUAUUUGGAUUUGCGUCUUAAAUGGCCAAAUGAUAUAUAUUACGGUAAGGACAAGAAACUUGGUGGUGUUAUAGCUCAUACAACAAUACAAGGAAAUGUAGCACAUGUGUAUAGUGGAUGUGGUAUAAAUGUCAAUAACAGUCGACCAACUACAUGUUUAAAUGAUAUAAUCAAAUAUCACAAUGCUGUGCAUUCUGAUAUAUUACCAUUACUUGAAACUGAACAAGUGAUUGCUUGUACAUUAACGGAAAUGGAGAACCUGGUGCAAGAUUUUGAAAAAUCAGGACCUGAAGCCUUUAAAACACUUUACUAUAAGUAUUGGAUGCAUGACCAUCAUCGUGUUACACUUUCGUCUUCAGGUGAAGAGGGAACUGUUGUGGGACUUGAUGAUUUUGGUUUUUUAAUGGUAGAGACUGAUAAAGGAGAAAAAUUAGUAUUGCAACCAGAUGGAAACCGGUUUGAUAUAAUGCAAAAUCUUAUAAUUUCCAAAAGUUAACUGCAUUUAACGGGAGCAGAAACAUCUCGCAUUUAACGUGAGUUAUAAUUGUGUUUCAUACGAUUAUUUUAUUACUAUUGUGAAAUCAAAAUGCAUGUGUAUCUAGAAACUUAAAUAUUUUCUAGAGAACAAAUGUGUGCAGUAAAAAAUUAAAUAUAGCAGAAACAAAUUUUGAAUAAUCUAAAAUUAGAGGAAAGUUAGAACUAAGUACUAAUUUAGCUACCAAGUUCCAACCAGGUUCAACCUAUCAAAAAUUAUUACUUGUGAAAGUUUGAGUUAUUGAAGCUGUGUUGAAUGUUUCUCUGCAGAAUGGUCGGAAGUCCAUAAUGAUUUAAAAAAAUUAUAAAAAUAAAAUAAACAAAUAUAACCGAAUGAAAUUUUAACUGGACUGAGAAUUUUCAAGAGGCAAACAUUUAGUGCAGUUUUUCAUUGCUAGGGGGCACAAAAGUAUGUGAAGAGUGAUGGUCACAAUCAGAGUGGCAUUGAAAACAAUAAUGAAGGUGUUUUUCAUUGACUAUUUAUCUUUUUAGCAUGUCGGAAAAUUUGGCUGCUAACAAACUGCUUCUCAUUGCUCUGACUGCAAUUAUUAGUGUUGGUAAGGUGCAGUGCCUUCUCUUUGUGAAAAGUUGGAACAAAAUUUUUCUCUGCUGUCUCCCUCUGCCCUGCUCAUCUUUUGAUACAAUUUCUUGUAAACCACUAGUCUCAAACUGGCAACCCACGGCCUGCAUACAACCCUUGAAUAAGUUUAUUGGCUUGUGACUAUAUUUUGGUUAUGUGUUUGUUGCAAAAUUUCAAGAUUUUCAAUUUUACAUUAUUUUCAUUAUCAUUAAAAACAAGAAUAAACAACACAUCAGAAAAUCUAUGAAUUGAGCUAAUUAAUUUACGGUGUGAUUUAAAGUUUGUUCAAAGACUUGAAAUACAUAUCUGAUUAACUGUUACUGGUAAACUGUCAGAAAAUAAAUAUUAUGCUUUUUUAUGAAUUUUUGCACUAAGGAUUAUCACUUUGUUUGGAAAUACAUUUAUUUGUGAACAGUGUUUCUUCAAAGUUGAAAUUAAUAAAAAGGGACCAAAUAAGUGAUAAGCAUCUACAGUCCAUGAUAAGGAUAAUUUCUAGUGAUUUUUCUCUAGUACACAAACGUUGUAUAAAAAAAAUUUGCUUUUAAUCUUAGUAUACAGUACACAUGGUAAUGGGAUUUGGCAACAUUAUUGAUGAGCAGUAAACAUGGUUUAUAUGAUGAAUAGUAAACGAGUCAUUUUGGUGUUAGUGACAAUUUCAAAAUCCUGUCAGGGCUAUGCUGUAUACUAGGAUUUUAUCAAAUUUUGUAUUUAUGCAUACAUAAUUUAUAAUUUAAUUCAUGAGAGAAAAAUUUUAUAAAUAAGAAGAGACUAGAUUGUCAUUAUUAAGUUUUGUCUAACUUAAAAAGUUUUCAUAAUUUGUUUAUUUUUAGUUUAAUUAAAGUAAGUUAUUUAAUGAUCAAUUAAACAUGUUAGAAUUAUUUGAAAGAAAUCUCCAUUUGAAAUAUCAAUAUAUUUAUUUGUCAGUGUGGUUGAAUUACAAGGUGUAACAAAUAAAAAUAUCUCGCAGGUACCAAACUUUCGAUUUCAAAUAGAAAAUAAAUGCCAAUUUGAAUUUUUUUUCUUUUGCAUCAUUAUUAUUAUUUUCUAUGUAUGUUUUAAUAAAUAUUUUGUAAGUGAAUUCAUCACAUUUCCAAAAUUAGCUGUGAUUGUAUGUUGAGUUUAACUGUUAAACUGAAAUUAUAUGGUAAGCCUAGAGUACACUUUGCUGUUAUGGGCAUAGUUGCUGUUAGUUAUAUAUGGUACUAUGUAUUGUUUAGUUAUUAUUAUACUAUAAUCUUUAUAGUAUGAGAACUAUAAAGAUGAUAGUGUGUUUCAGCAAAUCAGUUACGAACUUUCAGAAGAGAUUGAGUACACUUAGAUGAUGGAAAAUAACAUAGCAAAUUCAUGGUUGGAAAUACUUUUUUGGCGCAGUAGUGAUGACACAAAAAGACAAGGCCAUGAAUAGUGUGACAAAACGUGUUUUAUUAUGUUUAGUACAGCAGAAACCGUAUAAGAACAAAAGCAGACAAUGAUCGUCAUUAACCCCUUAAGGCACACAUUAAUUUCUAAUUUUCGGUCAAAAAAUCACCUAUUUUUUUUCUUGCAUAAUCAUAUUCUCAAAAAAUCACCUAUUUUCACCUAUUUCAAAUCGAAAUCUCGGUGGUGCAACGUUUGGUUGAUUUAUACUAAUUUGAUACCAAUUCCUUGCUAUAUCCAAAAUCUCGUUGUCAUUAUCUUCCGAUUUACUUCCAUCACUCAAGAAAUCAUCACUCUCAUCGCUGAAACUGUCUGAUAAAUUGGCAUAUUCAAAAUUGUCAUCGUCAGAGUCGCUCAUUAUCAGAUAACU